AUGGCUACUUCCUCUCCACCACCACCACCACCCCAUGCAGUAAUUUUCCCUUUCAUGACUCAAGGCCACACCAUUCCAUUGCUGGACAUAUCCAAGGCCUUGUCAAGCCGUGGCCUGAAAGUCACCGUCGUCACCACCCCGCAAAACGCACCGUUUAUAAGCUCCAAAGUUUCAGACUGCUCGUCAAUCUCCAUCUCCGUCGUGCCAUUUCCAAGCGUCCCUGACCUCCCUCGAGGCUGCGAGAACACCGCCAGCCUUCCUUCCAUGGAGCUUCUCGUUCCUUUCAUCGCAGCCACCAAAAACAUGAAACGGCCAUUCGAAUCUCUUCUGAAGGAGAUGGUGGGAAAUGGUUCCCGCCCAAUUUGCGUAAUCUCUGACUUCUUUCUCAGUUGGACGCUCGACACGUGUCGCUCUUUCGACAUUCCACGUGUUGUGUCGCAUGGGAUGGGGGUGCUGCCCAUGGUUGUUCUUAAAACCGUUUCUUCCAUGGAUGUCCAACGUGAACCGACGUCGGUUUCGGGUUCUGUAGUAGAGUUGCCCGAUUUGAGUCUUCCGUUCGCAUUGGAUAGAUCCGACUUACAGCCCCGGAGUAAUGACCCGGAGGAUGACCCGUUUUCACGUAUGAUAUGGGAGGUUGAAGAGGCCGAUAGGAAUAGCUGGGGUGUGAUUGUGAAUAGCUUUCAGGAGCUUGAAUGCGAGUACGUGGCUGCAUUGGAAGCUUUGCACAAGCAGGCCAAGGCGAUGGUGUGUGGGGCCCGUUCUGCUCUAUGA